GAGGGCCAGGCCGGGCGCGGUUUUUGGCGGAUCCCAGGACACGUGGCUAAUUCCUGGGCACCCCACCCGGCGAACUCUUCAUUCCGCGUGGGGUUAGAGCUCGCAGGGCAUUGCGACCAUGACGAUGACCCUCUUGGAGGACUGGUGCCGCGGGAUGGACGUGGACAUCCACAGGGCCCUCCUGGUCGCGGGCAUCCCGCAGGACUGUGGCCAGGAGGAGAUCGAGGAGACCUUGAACCGGGUCCUCUCCCCGCUGGGCCCGUACCACGUGCUCAACAAGAUAUUUUUGAGGGAAGAGAAUGCCAAAGCCGCCCUCGUUGAGGUGGGCGAGCGUGUGAGCCUGAGGGCCAUUCCCCGGGAGUUCCCGGGAAGAGGAGGUGUCUGGAGAGUGGUCUGCAGAAACCCCACCCAGGAUGCUGAGUUUUUAAAAAACCUGAAUGAGUUCCUGGAGGCCGAGGGGCGCACCUGGGAGGACGUGGUCCGCCUGCUCCAUCUCAACAACGCCCCGGCGCCCCGGAACCAGAACCCGCCUCCGGGGAACUGGGUAGAAGCUCUGGGGGCGCUCCUGGGGACCGUGAUGCAAGUCAUCGUCCACAUGGAUACAGAGCUCCGCAGCCAGGAGGAAGCCAGGGCCCAGGAGGCCGAGGAGGCCUACGCCCUGGCCAUGGCCGCUUCAACAGCCGGGAGGAAGGUCCGAAAGGAGCCAGGCGGGGCUGCCCUGAAGAUGGAGAACCCAGGCGGCUGGGAUGACACGGAAGAUGAAGGUGACCCUCCCAAACCUUUGGUUCGGAAGGCUAGAGCUAAGGCCCACUCCAGGAGAAAGAAGCAGAAAAAGAACCCCAAGCAGGAACGAGUGCCCUGGAAGAAACCCAAAGGCCCCCAUUCCAACAGCCCGGCCUCCUUGGAGGGUCCUGAGGCCGAUGAUGGUGAAACCAGCGAAGUCUCAGAAUGUCCCGGGAGCAGCAGAGAGCCCUGUGUGAAGCAGGAGGAGUCGGCUCUGAAGAAGCCUGUACAGAAAUGGGCCUGGGAGUCUCCCGGAAACGCCCGUCAGGAUGCCCGAUCGGAAGCCGCGGGCCCUGAAGUUGCCUUUGAGCCAGACCAGGAUGAUGAUCUUAAGCCGCCGCCAAAGAAGAAGGCCAUGCGCUGGGCCCCGGCAAAGAGCCCAGGCUCCGCGAGGAAGAAAAAGAAGGUGAGCCUGGGCCCCGUCUCUUACGUCCUUGUCGAUGUGGAAGGCACCAAGAAGAAGCCAUGGAUUCCAAAGAAAGGGCCAGGCCUGCGGAGGGGUGUGUCAGGCCACAGGGCCCUUCGAGGCUCACGGCCCGCUGGGUCACCGGCCUCAACGUCACAGGGUAUACAGGCCACACCAGAAGGCUCUCCUCCAGAACCCAGGAAACUUUGAGACGGACCAGCGAGCUGCAAGAAGACCAAGGAAGAAGUUCCAAGUUGGGAACAAAGCUUUCUCUUGUUAUUGAAUGAACCAAGACUUUUGACCCUCUUAGGGACCCACUUUGUAGAAAUUGGUUCUCAGAAGUAAAUGUACAUGCGAUCUUAGGGGGGAGGAAUAAGGGAGGGCGGUAUCCGAAACCCUAUGCUUUUUUCUCUGCCAGGCCCGCUUCCUCACCUCCUGCUAGACUCACCUUCGAGGUUGGUGAGUCAAUAAGCAGAUUGGGAAGAUUCUAGAAUAUUCAUCUUGAUACAUGGGCAAGGUCACUGCUAUGCUCAUCUAUGUUUGACCUUUCUCCCCCAUUCCCUGCUUCUUAUGAGUGGCCAGCUGACCUCUACAGGGCUGGCGUUCUCCCUCCACCUUCUCCCCCUUCACCGUCUCUGAGCUUUGCUGGCAGGUUAGUUAAGCCAGGAUCUCUGAUGCAGGCCUGCCUUCAAUGCUCCUCCUCCCAGCCUUCAACAGCCAUCCUCCAGUUAUCUGACCCGAGGGUGAUUAGGUCCCAAGACUUAGUUUGGGGAAAAAAGAAUGGCCUUGUAGUAUUUGAGUUUUAAGUUGUGUUAAUAAAAAUGGUCCUUGGGAUAAAACCCUUUCAGGAACCUGCAGGGAAGAGGGGUGAUUGGUAGGGAGGGACUUGGGCUACCCCGGCUUCCCUGCCCUGAGUCCAUCUAACGCCACCAAACUUAACAUCUUUGAGGCUGAAGACACUUCUCACAUUAUAGUAAAAGGGAAAAUAGUCUAAAAAAUAUCUGGCUGUCAAUUUCUGGCCUCUGAAUAGACCAGAAUACCAUGUCUCCUGUGUAUGGGGGA